AUGUUGCCUCACGGGUUCAAAUACAGCCCUACUGAUGAGGAGCUCAUCGAAUUGCUGAAUCAAAAAGCAUCAGGGCAUGACUUGACCCUGCUUUUCUUUUCUCAUAAAAAUGUUUAUGAGUAUGAACCACAAGAUCUGGAAUGUGGUGAUCUCAACCUCAACCUAGAUGUAAGCAGGAAUGAGAGUUAUUACUAUUACAAGAAGGAGAACGACUCCCGCGAAGUAGUUGGUCGUGGAUGGUGGAAAGCAACUAGCCAUGUCAAGAAAAUACAAGUCAAGGAGAUUGUUGGCUGCAAAAGGCCUCUAACAUUUCACAGGUUCAACAACUAUGCCAGAAAUCGCCACAACGCUAUCAAAACCAACUGGAUCAUGCAUGAAUUCAGUCUUGAGUCUACUCCAACGGCAUGGAGACUUUGCAAGAUCAAACAUAAGGGAAAAAGAAGUGAGCAGGAAACUAUGGAGGAUACGAGGAGAAAUUGCUUAAAGAAUAAUGGUUUUGAAGGCAGCAGCUCAAUGGAGGAAAGUCAGAUCAUGAUGAAUUUUGCUUGUGAGCCAUCAAAUCCUUUGGUGGUAAACGCAAGUGUACUCUCAUACCAAAAUUUGGAAAUGCAAGUGGAGCAAACUAAUGGGUUCCAACAGCCACAGCCCUCCUCAACAUAUGAUCCAUGUCUACCACUGCCAGAUUGCGGCACCGAUUACUACCAUGUUGAGCUGCCAACUGAACCAUUAGAGCUAGCCCAGCUGACCGAGCAGCCAUUUCUUCCUAGCCAUUGGUCCUCCUGGAAUUGAAGAUUUAGAGGUUAUCUAAUUAUCGGGUAAUUUUUAUAAGUCAGUCCCUCAAUUUUGGGCGUUUCACUUUUGUCUUUUAUCAUCAUUUUGUUACUACAAAAUACCAAAAUUUUGAAAAUAUUACACUAAAAUGCUCACGCUAGAAUUCGAUCAAUCCUUUGGUAAGAUGCUUAUGUAAGUGCCACAUAAUAAGAAAACUAAAAUAAAAACAAGAAAUUACCAUCACAAUUCCUCUUCCAUAGCUUCUUUUCAUAUACUAGACCUACUUUCCUUUACCCUUGCU